GAUGAAGCCUGGAGUAGGGGCAUGUCAGGACCCCUGUCAGGGUGGUCCGGGGGUGGGUGACAGGGGGGACGACACCCUGGUGUCUCUGCCCCCUAAAGACACCCCCGGCUCCCCCACAGGGUCACCCUCAGAGUUGGGAAGCCCUGGCCCCCGCCAGGUCGCGACCUUUGACCUGCUCAAGAUGGUGGUGUCUUACAAGAGGAUGGCCCUGUUUCUGGAGCCGCUCACUGACACGUUGGAGCUGGCCCGCUACCUGCUGGGGUGGAGGAUGCCUCUGUGCUCACUACUGGUCUGUGUACUGCUCAACAUCCUCUUCCUCACUCUGAGUGAAGUGGGGUGGUUCUCUGUGUGUGUUCUGGGGGUGUCUGCCCCGGCUGCCCUGGGUUACCUGCAGGACAGGUGUGGGGGCGGGGCUUCGGAGGCGGAGCAACAGAAGAGGCGGUGCCACGCGGUGCAUCGUAAGGACCUGCAGAACGUUCAGCUCACCAGACAGGACGCCAUGCUGGAAGUCAAGGACCUGUUAAAGCAGCUAGAUGACCUGUUGUCUCAUGCCUGCCUGUCUGCUGAGUCUGUCUACAAGCUCCUGUACUGGGAGAGCCACUCUGAGUCCUCUAGGUUCUAUGGUGGCCUGUUAGCUGUAUUGAUGCUGCUGUAUUCUGUUCCUGUGUGCUGGGUGCUGGCCUGUCUCACUACUGCCCUCUUCCUGUGGAACCGAGACUUCUGCAGGGUUGUGUUGGACCUAAGGGAGGUGGUCCAGUCUGGCCAGAACCCAUCCUCAGAAGGAGAGAUGGACCACACAGAACCGGACCGCGGCAGCCUGGACCGGACUCCCACUGCUAGCAGCUUGGAGGACCUGUCCCCGGGCAGCGUAGAGGAGGCUGAGGAGGCAGAGCCUGAUGAUGAGUUCAAAGAUGCCAUCGAGUUGACUCAGGAGCCCCCUAUCUCCCUGCAGGAGACUCCCUUGGCUUUAGUGGAGGAUGAUGACACAACGUCAGAUUUGGACACCAUCUCCAUCACCUCAGACAACGGUCUACUGAGCCGCAACGAGCCAAUCCGCAGUAAGGUGUCCAAACUGACGGAGAAGCUACGCAAACGCUACCCCACCAACAACACAGGUAACUGUUCCAGCUGCAGUGCCGUCUUCUCAGUGGUGAAGAGAAGGCGGAGCUGUAGUAACUGUGGCAACAGCUUCUGCUCCAGAUGCUGCUCCUACAAGGUCCUCAAGGCCUGCAUGGGUGUCACAGCUCCAGAUGCCCAGAGAGAGACAGUGUUUGUUUGUGCUGUCUGCAACUCCACCCUCAGCAAGUGAGAAAUGACUACCCCCUCCUACCCACUCAUGGAGACCCAGGGAUGGUACUGCCCCUCCUACCCAGGAUUCGAAGCUCCUUGGCUGGGUAGAGCCCGCGGCAGAUCAGCCUCUACCCCCCCGGGGGUGGUUCAAAACCCCAGGUUGUCUGGUUCUCUGGCUCCAGCCCAGGUGACCAGGGUUAUUAAGAUGAACCAGUCCCAAAUGGCAACCUAUUCCCUAUAAAUUACACUGCUUUUGCCCAGAGCCCAAUGGGAUUCCCUAUAGGCUCUGGUCUACAGUAGUGGGCUAUAUAGGGUGUCAUUUUGGACGCUCCCCCAGACUCCCAUCAGCUUGUGUUGCAUUGAGAUUUAUCAUGUAC